AUGCAUCAACUUGAACCAGAAAAUUUAAAACAACUGAAAGAUGCUAUAAAGGCAGGAAAUAAUGAAAUUUUAAGUAAAAUCGAUGCUAGCGAGUAUACAAUAGAAGAUUUAAAAUAUCUAGACCACACCGAAGAAGAAAAACAAAGCGAGCAUCGUACACAAAGUGAACCUAGCCCCCCAAUAACUUCUUUAGUCCAACGAGAAGUUGAAAGUCCACAACUACAAACACCAGUUACCCAUAAAACUGGCGUGAAACUCAAACAACCGGUAAACCCAUCAUCUCAGGAAAAACACGGAUACAAGAAAUCACAACCACAACAGACUGAAAUAAAAUUAACAUCAAAUCAAAAACUAAGACAUCAAGGAACACCAAAAACAGGUGUCAGCAAUGGAUACCGGGUACCGCUAUUCGAAGUGCCUUCAUCCGUUCGAGGCUGUGAACAGGCGAAGUUAACAGUAGUUCAUAUGGUGUUCGUAGAGUGCAAGCCGUUUGGCAUAUUCGCUCAAAAAAAGUGUGUUUAACGACCCCAUAAAAACUUUAUUACUAAAACAAAUAUCUGUGAUAAUGUUAAACAAGAUGAUUUUGCAACUAGUCGAAAACUUAAAAUAAAUUCAGCAAAAAAAGUCCUUGGUAGUAAUAGUAGUAGUAGUAGUAGUAUAAAGCCUACGAAAAAAACCAACUAUACGAUAGUAGUAAAUUAUAGCUCAAAAAACGAUAUUAAACAGACUCCUAUUAAAUUAACAACUCCUAAAAGUACUAAAAUCACAACUAAAAAACAAAUUAAGAAGACUACUGCAAAAAUCAGCAACUUGUUUACGACAGUAUCUCCCAAAAAGACAAAAAUAAGUUCAUCUAAACCUGCUAUUAAACCUUUAGUAAGACUAUCGACCCAAAAACAACCCGUAAAGGUUAAUAAUUUAGCAAGUUCUAAGAGAAAACCUCCUAUCAAUAAAAAUGCAAAACCAGUUGUUCAUAAAGUAAUAACAAAAUGGAAAGAAAAUGCCGAUCUGUUAGAUUUAAAACAAAUAUACAAACAAAACCUAGCGAUCCCAACCCCUAACCCAGAAGUAACUUCAUCCUCUCCGCCAUUUUCUCUCAAUGAUCUAGGUCCAAUACCAUCUUUAACUAAUAAUGGUGGUAACUUGAACGAAUUAAAUAUUAUGCCAGAAGUAAGUUCCCAUUCUCCACCAUUUUCUCUAACAGGUGUUCCCGAUUUAUCAGAGUUAGUCCCUAUAGAUCCUAUACUACCACUCGCUGACACAGGUACUCAAGCUAAACCACUUAGCACUUUUAAUCUAGAUAUGAUUCCUAACAGCGACAAUGGAGUAAAAUCUCCUUGUCCUAGCAUACAUAUAUCUAGCUCUAUGCUGCAACCGGAUCUACGUCAGGAAUGUUCUGAUCUAAACUUGGUCCUAAACUCUCACAUUCACCAAAAUCCUAGCGACAGCAGCGGCACUAGACUACCUGCUGUUAGUACCUAUGACUCUGAUCCAGAAGCUGUAGAAGCAGAAGCAGAACCAGUAUUUGAUGCUGUAGAAAGUGAGCCGGUAGAGGCUGCAGCAGAUCCAGGUGCAGGGGCUGGGCAAUCGGUAAUUCCACAAAGCGUCGGGACUCCCGGUAAUGGCGGUACUGGAGGUACAGGUGGUAGUGGAAGUAAUGGUGAUGGUGGCGCCUGGAAAUUUCCCGAUCUCAGACAUCUAUUCGAAGCCAUUGGAUAUAUAUGGAGAGGCCUGGGUUUUCUCUUUAAUUUUUUGAAAAAUCCCUAUUUAUAUCUCGUUCCUAUGGCUCUAUUCUUCCUUUUAGGUUUUUUGAAGGUUCUAGUUUUAUUUCCUUGGUGGAUUCCUUUACUCAUACUUUAUAUUAGUGUGAAGACAGGACAAAAGCCCAAACAGCGCAUAGCGUUUUAUCAACACGUGCAUAAACCUGUAAAACAUUUGGACGGGUGGUUUUGGAACCACAAAACAAAAACAUGGCAGAACGUAAAGGACUACGUUUAUAAAAAACGAAACGAUUUUCCCGAAGCGAUCAGUUUUGAUCCCCACGAUACUCUGCAGAAAGAUCUACAAAGGAUACAUCAGUUAUACAAUGGUACCAGCGAUGGAUACAAAAGGUUUAAGCGAAAAACUUGAUCUGCAGCUAUUGAAGAAGGUAGAAAAGCAUCGAUAGAAAACACAAAAACUGAAAAUGUAGUCUUAGAUUUAAUGGACGUUCGAACUCCACCAAGAAUAAAACUUAAACAGGAGAAAUUAAAAUACGAAAAUUCCCAUCCAGGCAUUGCCAUACCUGUCGAUGAAGACUCCAUUAACAUAGAAGAAGGCACUACCAAAAAGUUCAAUUUUUAUAAACUGGAGAGACCAACUACAGAUUCCAGUAUCUCUACAUGGAUUCUGCUAAGUGGUCAACCGCUAACCACCAAUAAACCAACUGUAACAAACUCUACAAAUAAUGCAGCUGAUGACAACAAGAAGAAUGAUACAAUCGUUCCUAUUUAUAACAGAACAACAAGGCCAUCCAUGACCAUAAAUACAUCAAAUGUUAUCAAAGAAAAAAUCAAAUUUACAGAAAUAAGUAAGUUUAGUCAAAAGAAAAGAAAAUCCACUACCACUUCUCCUCCUCCAACAACCACAGUUGCAGAAAUAAAGAAAACUGAAAGCAAAGUCCCAGAAGUAAAGGAAAAAUCAAAAAUAACAUCUACGUAUAGCACAUCUGCAUCAGUAUCUGUAUCUUCAGGUCAUAAAUCAGAAAAUGAUAAACAUGCUACAAAAACUAAAAAGAAGAUAACUACAACAACAACUACCAAAGCACCUCUAUUAACAAACUCUAGUAGUAAAAAAGAUGAGAGUCUUGCAAUGACAACUAAUACAGCAACUAAGAUAUCUACUUCAGAAUCCAACAUGGUCAACACUACUGCAACGAAUUCUAGUUCAAUUGCUCUGGAAUCCAAAGAUGGUUCAGUUUCUUUAACAACCGACAAGAAGAAAACCUCCUCUGGUAAAAAGAAGAAGAACAAACGUAGGAGGAAACCAGCAAGUAAAGAAAGUACAGCACUCACCAGUUCCAAUAAAAUAAAAAAUAAAAACAACGCCAUCGGGGCUCAGAUCUACAACUAUCUGUCUAGGGAGAUAGUUCCUAGUCUUGGUGUUGGUUUAGUGUAG